ACAUCCUGACUAUUAGUCCUCGUGUAUCCCUCAUGCGGUAUACGGCUGUGUAUACCCUUUGCCCACUGAAUCUAGAUCAUUUAGAUGCUUGACUUCAACUCGGGCAGGGUCAACCGAGUUCACACACUUCAACGAUUAUAAGGCUCCUCCAACGCUUCCGAGUCUCCAUCAUUUUUACCUUCCCCAAUGGAUCCUUCAAGAAUCAGAGAGAAAAUCGGUCGCUUUCGAGUCCUCAUCCUAGGAAGAGCGAAUGCAGGAAAAACUAACAUCCUGCAGAGAGUUUGUAACUCACGAGAGAACCCAGAAAUAUAUAACAGUGCCGGGAGAAAGAUCGAUGCCACAAUUUUGACGCCUUCCACAGAGCGCGGAUCGCACGAUAUUGAAAAUGAGAUGGUGUUUCGAAGCAACCCAGGAUUUGUCUUUCACGAUUCACGUGGGUUUGAAGCAGGCAGCGAAUCGGAAUUUGAGCAGGUGAAGGCAUUUAUCAAGGACCGUUCAAAGGAAACCAAAAUAAGCAAACAACUGCAUACUAUCUGGUACUGCAUCCCAAUGGACGAGGCAAGCAGGGCGUUCACCAAGGGCGAAAUUAAGUUCUUCUCUGAGUGCGACACCGGAAACAUUCCGGUGAUAGUGUUGUUCACAAAAUUCGAUGCCCUCUACGAUACCGCAUAUGCACAGCUUAAAUCGAACGGAGCAUCAAUGGAGGAGGCUGAAGAACUGGCGCCGAAGCACGCCGAAGAGUCGUUUGCAAUUGGGUCACAAUUGAAGUUUCUAUACCACUCCAAGGAGAUUCAACACCGUCCAAAAUGUCACAUAUGCCUCCCUAACAUGAACAAGGACGAUGCCGAUUGCGGGCCAUUAAUCGAACUCACAGCUAGAACUCUGGAUAACGAAGCGUUGAAGCAAUUAUUUGUGUCGACUCAGCGGACCCACUUGGAGAUCUGCAUGAGAUAUGCAGUUGAGAGAAUACUCAUGAAAUGUUUGAACUCUGGUGAGAUAACGUAUGAGUAUCACGAUCAUAUGAUAGGGAGAUUGGGCGCCUGGUUUCCACAUGUCCAGGCAGUACGUCUGUUAAUCCUCCUUCGAGCUCGAGCCAUGCUGAUCCAAGUCAUUGCCCACUGUUCGCAGGAUUAUGUGAGUGUGUCGAUCCCCCUUCGAGCUUGAGCCAUGCUGAUCCAAGUCGUUGCCCACUGUUCGUAGCGUGUGAGUCGUGUGAGUGUGUCGAUCCUCCUUCGAGCUCGAACCAUGCUGAUCCAAGUCGUUGCCCACUGUUCGUAGCGUGUGAGUGUGUCGAUCCUCCUUCGAGCUUGAG